AUGGACAGAGAUUCAAAAAAAUUAUUCCACAAAGUUAUAGUUGAUUUAUUAUGCUUAGGUUCAGUUGGAUUUCCUGUAUUGAUGUUUUAUAUGUUUGGCUCUCCAUAUCAAAGAGGAUUCUUCUGUGGCGAUGAAUCUAUUCGAUAUCCAUUCAAAGAAUCAACUGUUUCAUCAAAUAUUUUAUAUACAGUUGGAUUAGGACUACCCACAUUAGUAGUAAGUAAUAAUUUACCAAUAAGGUCUCCAGACGUUUCGUCCAUGUCCAUUAAUGUCCAUAAAAUGGGUUCACAAUAUUUUGUAAAUAACAUAGUUGGGACUUGA